AUGCUUUCGUUUUUUCUUGCUUUAACUUUAUCCAAGCAAUCAAAAUUAAGUAAGAAUUUAGAAGAGACCAACAUACUCUAUCUAACAGAGUCCAAUUUCUCACGAACAGUCAAAGAACUUCCUGCAUUUUUCUUAUUUAUUUACCAAGGUGGCGAUAAGAACGAGCAAUAUCGUGCAGUUCGCGAUUUCCUUGCAACAGCAUCUGGUCUAGGCACAAGAUGUUACUUUGGCGUUUUAGAUGGUGAAAAAAAUAGAAAUAUUGUACGUAAAUUGAAUCUUAUUUAUACACGAGGCUAUUACUUUUACCGAUAUGGUAAGAGGAUUUGCAAUUAUUAUGGCUCACAAACAACAGGCGGAUUCCUUAAUUUCGUUAUGUCAAAAACAGGCAUGCCCUUUACAACAUUUGAUGAUUAUCCAUCAGCACAGGAUGUCAUAGAAGGCAAUGAAGUCACUGUCGUCCUAUUUAUUCCAAAAGUUGGAGGUCCAGACUUUGAUAAGUUCACAGAGUUAUCUGAGAUCCUUAGAGAUAACUUCACAUUCGGUCUUGUUGCAGAUGAAUUACUCGCCGAUGAUUUAAAUGUUUCCAAAUUCCCUACAUUAAAAUUAUAUCGAAAUGUUGAUCACGCUCAAGCUACAUACAACGAAGACUUCUCUACAGCAUCUCUUAUCGAUAUUACGUCCUGGAUUAACUAUAAUUCAAGGCCAUUGAUCAAUGUUUUCCAAAUCAACAAACAAGACGAUUACAUCAAGAAGAAACCAGUAAUUGUAUUCUUUGUACCCGUAAAUGAAGAACCGCGUGCUCAAAUUAUGCCAACAAUUGUGAAAUUGUCAGAAAAUUUCGGAGAAGAUCUGAAUUUCACACAAAUUGACGCUGUUACAGGAAACAGAUUCAUGAUGGACCUUGGAUUCAGCCGCUACGCAGAUCCAUGCGUCGCAAUCCUUCAAUAUACAGGUAGAAACAAAUUUACCAAAAACCGUUUUCCAGAAGAUGCAGAUUUCAUAUACGAAGACAUUUCCUCAUGGAUCAUUGAGUACCUGGAUGGCAAGAUGAAGGCAGAAGUGAAGUCCUCGGACGUUCCUCAAGACUAUAAUGGCUCAAUCAGAUUCUUAUCAGCAAAUAACUUCAAAGAAGAGGUUAUUGACCCUGAUGUUGCUGUUCUCGUGUUAUACUUUGAACCUUGGGAUCAACAAUUCCAGCGUUUCAAGGAUAUUUUCACUGAAAUUGCUGAUGAAUUUAUGAACAAGUCUGUAAAGAGAGUCAGACUCGCUGCUUUGAAUGUACAUGCUAAUGAUAUUGUUUACGGACCAGAACCAAAGAGAACUCCUUGUUUGUAUCUGUUUAACAGAGGAUCUAAGGAUAAACCAGAACUUUAUACUGGAAAAUUCAACAAAGAGGCUGUUGUUGACUUCCUUGAUGAUGAAACAGGAGUUAGAACUGAAUUGUAA